CCCUCUGAGUAGAAGCGUGCUUGGAAUUCUCCCGGUCUCUCGGUCACUACGAAGCGCUCGCGCGCAGUCAUUUACCCGGGGCACGUCUGCACAGAGCGCGCCGUAGAGGACCAUAUGGAGGAGUGCUUGACCAGAUCGUGCCCGUGUCUCCGGUCACUAUGGGACCGAAUAUUCAAAAGCGAAAAAGUGAACGAAGGACUCGAGAGGAAAGGCUCGAACGGCGACCUGCGAACAGUGUCCAGUGAACAGGAUUUGGAGCAGCGCUAUAAGCCGUUGGAGGAGAGUGCCAUUUAUGUUGCAUUAUGGGCUUUCGAAGCGCGCGAUUCCGAUGAGCUGUCGUUCGAUGCCGGCGAUCGGUUCCGCGUCGUCAGGCGCGAGGGGGAUUGGUGGACCGCCGCCAAACUGGACGCCAGCGGGCGUGUGCUCGCCACCGGGGUUGUGCCGAACAAUUUCCUGGGGCGCGCCGAAUCGAUCACGUCGCAGCCGUGGUUCUUUGGCCAAAUGAAUCGGAUCGAGUGUCUCAGCCACCUCCUGACAGAUCAAAACAAAGAUGGAGCUUUCCUGGUGCGAGUCAGUGAGACCGACAAUGUGGGCCACGUUCUCUCAGUUAAGGUAAAAAACAAAGCCAAGCACUUUAAGAUCUACCACUCAGAGAAUGAAUUCUACGUGGAAGAGUCCUGUAGCUUCUCCAGUUUGUUGGACCUUAUUCAACACUAUCAGGGUCAUCCUCUGGCCUCUGUGAACAAACUGGGAAAACCCUGCGUCAGGCGAAAGCCCAAGCAGCAAGACCUGUCUCACACCACAGUGGACAUGUGGGAACUUCCCAAAGAAGACUUCACUCUGGAGAACAAGCUGGGAAAUGGUUACUUUGCUGACGUUUAUCGAGGCAAGUGGAAGAACCAAACCAACGUGGCCAUCAAAAUUCUCAAGAACAAUGACUCUCUGAACCAGAAAACGUUUCAGAUGGAGGUUGAGGUUUUGAAACAGUUGCGUCACAACCACCUUAUCUCACUCUUCGCAAUAUGCACUUCCUCCACACCCUAUUACAUCAUCACCGAGUACAUGGAGAAGGGAAACCUGCUGGAAUUACUCCGCAGUCCAGAGGGCAAUGCUUUAGACCUGGAAAUCUUGACUAACAUGGCAUACCAGGUGGCUGAUGGGAUGACUUACCUCGAGGAUCAUAAUAGUAUUCACAGAGACCUGGCAGCUCGCAAUGUGCUUGUUAGUGAAGGAUACCUGUGCAAAGUGGCUGACUUCGGUUUAGCACGAAUUAUCAAGGACCCGAUCUAUUUGUCUAAUGAAACAAAAAUCCCGUACAAGUGGACGGCACCUGAAGCUAUGGAGCUUGGCAUUUUCUCGAAUAAAUCUGAUGUCUGGUCUUUCGGUAUUCUCUUGUAUGAGAUUUAUUCGUUUGGCGCAAUUCCAUAUUCAGGUGUCGGAAAUAAAGGUGUACUUAAAGAGAUCAAAAAUGGUUACAGGAUGCCUGCUCCUUCCAAAUGUCCUCCUUUCAUCUAUGAGAUUAUGCAGUCCUGUUGGAGCAAGCAGCCAGAGGAUCGUCCAGAUUUUAAGCGGCUGAAAUCUGAGCUUCACGAGUGCAUUAACCGUGUCACUUAGCUCCAUAUAUCCUGUGUGUAUAUAGUGUACAUACAUUUUUUUUUUGUUUUCUGUUUUUUUGCAGAGAAAUGUACAGUGUGUUAUAUAUUUUUUGACUUUGUAAAGUUCCUGUAUAUAAUUUGUCCAAUCUCGUACGGAUUUAAGACAGUGGCACAUCUGAAAUACCCUAGUAUAUUAAUUGUACACAAUGUAUUAUUUGUAAUUAGAUUUUAUAUAAGUUUAUUAAUUGCUAUACAGACAUCAUGGAUCUCCUGUAAUGGUAUUGUCAAGAUGUUCCAGUUUAAUUUAAGAAGCACCAUAAUCAUCAAGAACUGUAAAAUAUCUGAUCUUGCUUUAUGCACCAAGACUGUAAGCGAUGACAAGUAUACAUUUUAAUGGAAGCCUAUUUCAUUAGCUUUGCCAUAGCACAUUUCAUUACAUUCAUAUUUCAUUAAAAUAUGGAUGUAUGUUGACUUACAUACAGUUAUUUCCUGCACCGUGACCGAAAUCUUUGAACCGGCAUUCAAUCAGAGCAGGAUCGGCUAAAACGCCGGCUAAAGUUGAUCAUGAAAAAGACCAAGCACAUGCUCCUGAGCUCAUGGUUUGUCCUUGCAGCUUAUAGUUUUCAUGUAUGUAUCCUUCUGAAACAUUAUCAGUGUUCACACAGUACAGCUUUUUGAUACAAGAAUAAGAACUUUUAUU